GUCAACAAGCUGGGCGCAAUUUUUAAUCUCAACAAUUGCAGGGAAAUCCAUCAAUUGAAACGGGUCACUCCCCACGAAUUCACCUACAUUACCGUUGACAAGCAAGCUCAUGAAAUCUAGAGGCAUUUGACGGGACUGAUUCUGGAUCACCCUUGACACUCUUUGCAUGGCAAAACCUCGAAGAGUCCCUGGAAUUUUGGGCCUCAUUGCCUUAGGUAUCACAGCAUGCAUCGCCAUAAGGGCCCUUUGUAAGUAUUCUGGCCUGGUUGCUUUUCAACCCCCAACAGAAACUAGAAAGGGAAAGACAAACAUUUUGAUUAUUUCAAAUGCAAGAUCAGGAUCAUCGUAUCUUGGGCAAAUUUUCAAUCAUCACCCGCAGGUCUUUUAUAUCUAUGAACCUUUGAUAACAUUUCAAGUGACAUCGGUGCGUAACUCUUCACUCUACGAACAGACGGCACUGGGCCUCCUACGCGACAUUUUCAACUGCAGAUUUAAGCAGCAAACAGAGUUUUUAUCUUUCAUGUCGCAUAUGCAGCUCAAUCGCUUUUCAAGCCACGCCUUUACCUCGCCCUAUUGUAAAAACAUAACCAACGCGAAGGAUAAUCGAACUACUAUUUAUUGCAAAGACUUGGAUCCCCUCAUAACUUCUUUGUCCUGCUCGCUUCACAGCCACACAGUGGUGAAAGUUCUCGCUCAUAGAUUGCCAUUUCUAGACGUUGAUCGUCUUCAACGUUUAUUGGCUCGCGAUCGAGAUAAUUUAAAAAUCAUUCACCUAAUGCGAGAUCCAAGAGCUGUCAUCGCUUCUAUGGAUCGUGUCGGCUGGGGUUUGGAAACUUCAGCAGUGAAAAUGGCUACGACAAACUUUUCUCAUUUUACCAAUCUUGUGCAAAAGUUCUGUUCUAAUUCGAUAAGAACGCUGCGAUUGGCUCUGCUGGCUGAGAGUAAAUUCCCAGAUCGCUAUAAACUUGUCAGAUACGAGGAUCUAGUAAAAUUACCAUUAAAUGUCUCUCAAGGACUAUUUGAUUUUACCGGCAUUCCAAUGUCGGAUCAAGUCAUGAACUAUCUAAACAGUGGUACACAAUCACGUGAAAGUGGGGCCAAUCACGCGUAUGGAACACUUAGGAAAAAUGCGUCUCUGUUGAUAGACGCUUGGAGAAAUCAAUUCAGUAUUGAAGCCGUACGAAUGGUGGAGUCACAAUGCUGGCCAGUUUUGGAAAUACUUCGGUACACACCUAUCCAUAGCCCGGUUCUGCUAGGCACGUGACAGGCACGUGCAAAAAGUCGACUACGCACGCGAUCUUGGUUACAAAUCCAAAGGGAGAACACAAUAGGCAAAUAACUCGUCCUACCCCUCCCCCUUCAAUUGCCUCUGCAGUCGUUUUUUCAUCUUUUGGCCUAGGCGUUUAGGGUUAACAGUGACCGGGAAAGUAGAUUGUGACAGGUUUCCUGACAGUGAAGGCAAAAACAAAAAGCGGGUGUGCAUGAAAUGAUGGGAAGGUCUCAUGUCCUCAUCAUUUCCCAUGACAACUUCCAAGCAUUAUUUGCUCAUCAUCUGUUUCCCUCAUCCCCACUGGCUGAGAGUCUGGAACAGGCUACCAGUGACAGAGAUGUGAAUUUCCCAGAAAGUAAUUUUGCUUUGAAAAUACCACAGAAAA